AUGUCCAUUCCUCCACUGGAUACGCCCCAUUUUACUUACUUUUCAGAGGAGACGCUCGACUUCCGAGACAUCCUAGGAGUCAAGGACCUGGAAGUUAGCAAUGUUGACAACAUGGAUGACUGGGUCCUCAGCCAUCAUCAACAACUACAGGCAGCAGCCAAUGCGGUGUGGACUGCAUUGAAUUCAAUUGUUGCUGCUGUGCUCACCAGUUGUUUAGUGACUGUUUCUCUUUCUGUUCCAGAUGCGUUUUUGAAUUAUUACCUGGACAUAUGUGUGUUCACCUCCUCUGAGCUUCCUGACAUAGAGUACAUACGCUCUCUGUAUUUCAAUAAGAUAGAAUAUGUCAGGUUUAACAGCACUGUGGGGAAGUUUGUUGGAUACACUGAUUAUGGUAUCUAUGUCGCAGAGGUCUGGAACAACGAUCCUGCAAAGAUGGCAGAGAUGAGAUCUGCGAAAGAGAGAUACUGCAAACAUAAUAUAGAGAUAUGGUACCAAGCUGCCCUGGAUAAGACAGCUGAGCCCAGUGUGAGACUGACUUCAGUGACGCCCCCUAGUGGCCGACAUCCGGCCAUGCUGAUGUGCAGUGUCUACAACUUCUACCCCAAAUACAUCAGUGUCACCUGGCUGAGAGACGGACAGCCGGUGACCUCUGACGUCACUUCCACCGAUGAGCUGGCAAAUGGUGAUUGGUACUACCAGAUCCACUCCUACCUGGAGUACACGCCCAGGUCUGGAGAGAAGAUCACCUGCAUGGUGGAACACGCCAGUUUCCCCUCUCCUAAGAAAGUGGACUGGAAUCCCUCCAUGUCACAAUCAGACAGAAACAAGAUCGCCAGCGGAGCGUCAGGUCUGCUUCUGGGUUUGAUUUUGUCUUUGGCAGGUCUGAUCUACUACAAGAGGAUGGCCAGAGGGCGUGUUCUGGUUCCAACCAGCUGA